AUGACCUCGUACGAUGACUGGGGCUAUCCGAUCUCGUCGUCGCGCAACCGCUUCCGCGCGCCGUCCACCGUGAUGCAGCGCAUCCAACUAUUCGCCAGAUCGCUCCUCACUCGCUCUGGAAUCUACAGACCCAAUGCGCCUGCCGGGAAGACCUGGAACUUCCGCCCAAUCUUCUCCGUGCCAAACAUCCUGACCCUCGUCUGGGUGUGCUUCGUAUACUCGAACGAGCGCUCCGCCUUCCGGCAUGGCAUCGAGGCCUGCGACUGGGCCAACUGGGAGAGCUGGCCCCACGAUGCCACUCCGCACCGCCUCGUCUUCGUCGCGGACCCACAGCUCGUAGACCCGCACACCUACCCCGGCCGCCCGUGGCCGCUGUCCACCCUGACCGUCGCCUACACCGACCAGUACCUCCGCCGCUCGUGGUCACUGAUCCAGGAGGACCUCUACCCGGACACCGUAUUCUUCCUCGGCGACCUGUUCGACGGCGGUCGAGAAUGGACGGCCGACGGCAGCGUGAGCGAGGACAAGACGUGGAAGCAAUAUGGGGACAGCUUCUGGCUGCGUGAAUACGACCGGUUUGGCAGGAUAUUCUUCGACCACUGGGGCGAUGCUGGAAUGGCACCGAGGCUGGGCCAGCCGGGACGCAAGGUUAUCGCAGGACUGCCUGGAAACCACGAUCUGGGAUUCGCUGCGGGCAUUCGGACCAACGUGCGGAAGAGAUUCAAUGCCUAUUUCGGCGAUGGUAACCGCGUCGACGUCGUUGCGAACCAUACCUUCGUCUCGAUCGAUGCCGUUUCGCUGAGCGCGCUGGGACAUGCCGCCGGCUCUCAGGACAUCUGGAAGCCGACCCAGGAUUUCCUCGACCAGGCCCAGGCGGAGAAGAGGCGAGCUGUUGCGAGAGAGUUGAGGGCGAGGAAGGGCUUGAAUCCCACUCCGCCCUACAAGCACAAGGUUGUUGAUGGCGCAGACAUGGGGAAGGCCAAAUUGCCAGUUGCAGAUGCCGGCGAUGCCGAGUUCCCUACAAUCCUCCUCACCCACGUCCCUCUGUACCGCGCCGAAGGAACCCCCUGUGGCCCGUUGAGAGAACACUGGCCGCCAACCGAGCCUCCCAAAGGCCAGAAGGAACCCGUCUUCCCCGACCACCGCAACGCCAUCGCCGUGCGAGGUGGCUAUCAAUACCAAAACGUCCUGACCAAGGACGUUUCCAAGGACGUCACCGAGAAGAUCGGCAACAUCGAGUAUGCCUUCUCGGGCGACGACCACGACUACUGCGAAGUGGUGCACAAGGGCUACCAGUCCGGCGGGCACAGCGGCAUCCGCGAAAUCACCGUCAAAUCCCUCUCGUGGGCCAUGGGCGUCCGGCGGCCCGGCUUCGUCAUGCUCAGCCUGUGGAACCCGGUCGACGACGCGGGCCAGUCUCUCGGCGCGACGGCGGAGCCCACCGUCCAGAGCCACCUCUGCCUCAUGCCCGACCAGCUCGGCGCCUUCAUCCGCUACGCAGUGCUCUUCGCCAUCGCCCUCUUCGUCCUCAUGGUCCGCGCCCUGGUCUUGAAGCUCAGAGCAGCCUCCUCCUCGUCCAACCCCAACAACAACCCGGACGACGCACCCAUCCUCCCCCUUUCCGAGGGACACCCCCAACGCAACGACAACACCACAUCCUCGGCCGAGCAGGAGAAGAGGAGACUCCACCUGGGCGGCGCCGCGGCUCCCAGCAGCCGCAACCGCACCGACUCGACGGGCGAGGGCGCCUCGUCCAACUCGUCCACGGCCUCGGCCUCCGACAACAACCACAAAACAGGCCUCUCAUCCCGCUCUGCCUCCCUCCAGCAGCCACGGAGCACGACGACGACGACGACGACGAUCCGCAACCCCAGCCCCGUUCCCUCUGGCGGUGGUGGUGCGGGCUACGGCCUGCCUCCCCCCUCGUCUUCCUCAUCACCGGUAUACCACGGCGGCGGACCCGGCGUCAGCAACAACGGCCCCAUGAAGCUCCCGCUCGUCGCGUACGCGGGCUUCUACCCGGACCGCGCGGAGGAGAAGAAGAGGGAGAAGGAGGCAGCAGCCAUGGCGAGCACGAAGCCGACGAAGAAGCCGAGGAGGAAGAAGAAGGGCGAGGGCGUCUUCAGGGAGGAGCUGGGCAAGAGCGUCGUGAGGGUCGCGGCUGUGGUGUUGACGUGGUAUGCCGUGUUGACUUGGUCGUGGUAG